UCGAUGUGCCUCCGUUAUUACUAAUGGAGAAGGAGUAAGAAAACGAAAGUUAGGCUAAAUACCAUCGUCAGCUGUUUGCCUGGAAACUUAACCUACUCCUCCUGACUCGCUUCUGAUAAUUUAUUUACAGUGUUCAACCGGGUGAAAGGCGGGUCUCAGUUUGGUAAAGAAGCGGCAAACAGAGAUUCAGCUUACACGAGAGAAGAAAGUUUCCGGUUCUGUGCAACGUUCUGUUGACGAUAGUUCUGAGGAACAAUGACAUCGGCAAAGAUGCCGCUAAAACGUACAAAUGAGAGACGAAUUCGGGAGACUGUUUUUCAGAGAGAACACGUGAGUGUGUCUGAUCUUAGAGAGAACAGCUUCGUAGAGAAUAGGUACCUGGAGAAGAACAACAUUCCAGAGUAUCCCAAAUGCGUGGAAUUCCAUGUAGCCCAUGUGAGUCAUGUCACCGGGAAAAGUGGCCGGGACGGGAUUUUUGAUAAGAGUGGAUUCAAGGCACGAUUAGAUACAGCGAAUAACCACAGGUAUCCGCUUCUGUGGUGGGGUCUGUCAGUCAGUGACAAUGAAAUUGCUUCGGCUGAAGAGAAUUUCCUCCAACGUUUGUUUCCGCAGCGAAGCGCCUAUCAGGUGCGAAAUCAAAAGCCGUUCCUGAAACAGUUCACAACCUCGCCGGCCUUCCAAACCGAGUCGCGUUACGGAUACUUUCGCUUCACAUUUCCCUUGAAAAAUCUGCUCAACCUCUACGCCGAACAGUUCUGUAGACCUAACGGCUCAGAACUGGUUCUGCGUGUUUAUGAAACGGUUCUGUAUCGGCGCGAGAUUCUCUACAGUGUCCUGGUACACGGUUCAGACGUCAGAGCUUACGAUGAUUACCCGCGUUUGCCAUAUAGUGGCGAUCAUGUUUGUGCCUACAGAGAUGGAGAGAUAGUGUGGCGAUGCCAAGCUCCUUCUCAGAGUUAUGGUCUUAAUCUGGUCGUAAACCACCUCGACCAGAACGUGUAUGUGACUAAACAUGAAGGCAGAGAUGAGUACUACGCGUGGGACAACGUGGCUGUGGCGUUUCACAUGGAGCCCGGGUGGACUCUGCAUGUGGAUCGCGACAGGCUGUGGCAGACCCUUAGCGAGUGUGAGCUCGCUGAGUGCAACCUCCUUAGAAAUUAACUUCUGACUCAGCCUUUAAGAAUUAGGAGUAAUUUCCCACUGGAUCGGCACCUAUUGCACACAUGUCUGGCCAAGAAGGGGUCUCCUUUCUCUGUGGUCCUUCUCAAGAUUUCUCCCAUUUGUUCCCUGUUACUCCCGUUACAUCUGUGUUUUUGGGGCGUUUU